CAUGCGCGCUUUGUUCAUACGUCAUACGUACAGAGGGCGGAGUUAGCGUCAGGCUGGAUCGUAAACAGUUAGCUGUUAGCUGUUAGCCCAAAUCUACACGGAGGAUUUACCAACAGAGGGAAGGAUGAGCGGGGGCUGUGACAUUAUAGCCUUCCCGCUCCCUGUAUCCUCCCUGCGCCUCCUCAUCCCUCCCCUGCGCCUCCUCACGGCAGCGAUGUGGCAGGUGGUCCAGCAGCGAAGCUUGAAGCAUUAUGGGAUGUUGGAGGACUUUGUGUCCCUGGUAACAGAGACUGUCCCACAGCUGCUGACGGAGAGACAGAGGGGUCUGCUGCUGCUGGCUCUCAGGGCCAAGGUGACCCUCUCUGAUCCGGCUGAUGUUCUGACUCAUCUGGACCGGAUCCGCUGUAUCUCUGAAGCACCGCAGCAGGAUGAAGAUGUGGUGGAGUGCUGCUCUGCACUGGUAACACUUACCAACAAACUGAUGGAGACUCCUGCUGAUGCUCAGCGCCUCCUGCAGGAGGUGUUUGAUCACAGGUUUGACUCCGCCCUGCAGUCCCUCGUGUCUAAUCUCCUGUCUAGGAUCGAACAGCUUUUCCCGGUCCCUGACUUCAGACAGGCUGCCUCGUGGCUCGACAGCACCCCUGCUGCUCUGGAGGAUUUUCUGCAGGAGGCAGAUAAGAACGACCUGAGGGAACUUCUGACCAAUCAGAGCUGUCAUCAGGCAGGCGCAACAGCGGCAGUGGGCGGAGACUCAGAGAAAACCCUCCUCUCCGCCUGGUCCCACCCUCUCCUCACUGACCCCUCUCAUCCAAACUCCCUGGCACACGAUACAGCCAUCCAAUCAGAUGCUCCCUCUGACGGAGGCAGUCCUCACGAUUUGGACAUGGACUUGGUGAAGGUGGAGGUGGUGGUGAUGACUAAGGAUGAGCAGGACGAGCAGCAGGAGGUAGAGGAGGAGGAGGAGGAGGAGGCCGGUCAGAGCUUGUCACCAGCAGAACAAGAGGCAUCCAAUCAGAGCUCACCUAAGCUCCUGGACAGGCUAAAGGACUCAGCACACAACUGGGCUGCCCAGACAAAAAAUUCCGUUGGCCAAUCAGAUCGCUCUGAGGUCCCUGCCAGUGCUCUGUUCAGCAUUUCCCAUAAUUCCCAGCGUGUGGCUCACAGGUGUCCUCAGUGUGGUAAAUGUUUCAUCUACAGAUCUCAGGUGAUCCGCCACCUGCGCUCAAACCGGGCCUGUGGGUCAGCCUUAACGCCUGGCGCCGUCCAACUGCGGAUUAUACCCGAGGAUUCAGAAGAGCCCCGCCCCUUCAGGAACAACACCUGCUUCCAGUGCAACACCUCCUUUAAAACCAAAAGCGAGCUGCGAACUCACCUGCGUUCCCACCGAGCGCGGCCCGUUUAUCAGUGUGCUCAGUGCGACCGAGUGUUCUACCACUUGUCCAGCCUGACCAAUCACAAGCAGACACACCUGGACAAGACGGGCUUCGCCUGCAGCAGGUGCAACAAGAUGUUUGCGACGGCCAAAGAGAGAGAUUCCCACCGUGUGCAGCACCGCGGGGUCGACCUUUCCUGCUCCAUCUGCGAGCAGAAGUUUAGCUCGCAGACGCUGCUUCUGCGUCACCUGCAGACGCACUCGGCCGAAGGGGCGGAGCUAUGCUACAGCUGCCGCUUUUGUGAGAAGACGUUCACAGGUGUGACCCAGCUCCGCAUCCACCAGCGCACACACACCAGCCGCUCUUUCCAGUGUGACCAGUGUGACAAGUCAUACGGGUCCCUGGCGGGGUUGCAGACCCACCGGGCAAGCCACAGCAGCGACAGCCACUUCCUGUGCUCGCAGUGCGGCAAAUGCUUCAAGACCCGCGAGGGCCUGGAGGGCCACAUGAGGACUCACACCGGGGAGCGGCCCUUCCGCUGCCCCCACUGCCCCAAGGACUUCACCGCACUCGCCGGCCUUAAUGUGCACGUACGGCAGCACACCGGGGAGAGACCAUACGUCUGCAGCGUGUGUGGGAAGGGAUGGCCCUCAGGAGGGGACCUACAGAAGCACAUGAGGACUCACACGGGGGAAAGACCAUACGUCUGUCAGGACUGUGGGAAGGCCUUCACCAUCUCCUGCCACCUGACGGAGCACCGCCGCAUCCACACAGGAGAGAAGCCGUAUGCGUGUCCACAGUGUGGGAAAUGUUUGCGGAGGAGGUUUGACCUGAAGAAACACAUGUUGUCCCACAGUAAUGUCCGUCCUUACGCCUGUGUCCUCUGCUCCAAGAGCUACACCCGCCAGACUCACCUGAACCGACACCUGCUGAGCCACAGGAGCGCUGACGGAGACAUGGUGGAGGUGGAGACCCCAAAGGAGGCCUGAGGCGGAGCUUCAUGGGCCCUGAGGUCUUUGCUGACGUGCCUUCAUUAGUUUUCCUGUAACUGGGAAUGAUGGGAUGAACUCCACCCAUGUGUCUGGAGCUUUUCUACCUGUGAUUCUGUUAAACCAUCACCACUCUGAAGGAA